GUGCGCGCGAGAAACUGUCAGUGACCGGAGGAGAGAAACAGAUCACUGAGACAGUUACAAGGCCAAUGCCUCGUGGUAGUGGCUAAGUGUCUGGUUAUAGGGGACUUGCUCACUAAAACAAAAGUAACACAUUGUAAGCUCGAGGUAGAAGGGGAAAGAAAACGUGGCGGGGUGUUCGCUGCACGGCGGCUGAGAACAGUUUUUGAAAGCGCGUGAAUCUCCCAUUCCAAGCACUUCUGUGGAGAGUUGAGAUGAGCAGUAAUGCGGCCAGCCCCAUGUCAGUUGCAGGAAACACAGCAUCCAGCAGUGGAAGGGGAUCGGCAAAGUCAACUAGCUUUGUUACAGAACUUCAGACCAUGAUGUAUGGUUUUGGUGAUGCUCGCCGACCUCUCACUGAAACUGCUGUUUUAGUUGAAGAUAUAGUGCACACUCAAUUGAUUAACAUGUUACACCAAGCUGCGGAAAUCUCACAAGUCAGAGGAGCUCGGGUCAUAGCAGCAGAAGAUAUUCUGUUCUUAAUGCGGAAAGACAAGAGAAAAUUACGCAGAUUGCUAAGGCAUAUGAGUCUCCGGGAUUUUAAGUCCAAAAUUAUUAAGGGAGUUGAAGACGAGGAUGUUAUUGAAGCAGACAAAUCCAGCAGCAGUAUAAACAAGCGCCAGAAACUCUACCAAGAAUUCCUCAGCUCCAUUGAUCAAACAGGAGAGCUGCUAGGUUUGCUUGAGGAAGAUGAUGCUGAUGAAGUCAAACAGGAGCGGUUGGAGAGAGCUGAGCGCCAAACUCGAAUGAUGGAUUCAUCCCAAUAUGCAGAGUACUGUGAAAGCCGCCAGCUGAGCUUUGCCAAAAAACCAACAAAGUUUAAGGAUUGGUUGGACUGCAGCAGUAUGGAAGUGAAGCCUAAUCCAGUUGCUUUGGAGAUCAUGGCAUAUCUGGCACAAGAGACAGUGGCCCAGCUGGUGGAUCUAGCCCUUUUGGUGAAACAGGACAUGGCUGCUAAAACAGGGGAUCCAUUUAAUAAUGCCAAAUCUGUAACACUUGCACAUCACAAUGCUGCAUUACCUGAGAUACAAUUUCAAGUUCAGUCUGUCAGUUUGAAGAGCAAUCCUGACUCACCAGAAAAUACACCCCCGUCAACACCAACAACCCCUGCAUCAGCAGCACAGCACAUUGUCUCUAAAACACAUUCAGGAAAUUUGGGGAAUGGAGGCAUAGGGCAAGAUUCCAGCAAUACUAAAGCUAAAACCCGCAAGAGAAAAAAGAGUGCUGCAGCUUGUGGUCUAGAGACUCACAGUGAUGCCAUACAGCCCAGCCACAUCAGAGAGGUGAUCCGACGGUAUAGCCACAAAAUUGGCCCUCUUUCCCCAUUCACAAGUGCUUACCGCAGAACUGGAAUGACGUUUCUAGCCUGCUGAGGGCGGAAGGAACAAGAAGGCUGUUGUUACUGAAAGGUGAAGUUGCUCCAAGAAAACAAGAGUGUGUCAGUACACUGUGUACGUGUGUUUGUGUGUGUUGGGUGAGCAUUUGUGUUAAGUCACUGACCUGCACCCUGCCAUUAUUCCUGUUUACUUGGUGGAAUGUUUUAGUUAAUUAAAGGCAGGAUGUUUGGCCUACAUGUAGGUGGAUAGGAAUGCAGAUCACCAGCUGCCAGCUCACAUCCAUGACUAUUUGUGUCAUAAUGCUUAAACAGAACAAAAUCCUUUUCUAACAAAGUACAUGUAAGGGGUAAUUUUCAGAGUUUAUAUUUGUGGUGUGAAGCCUCACCCACCAGGAGGGAAUUUGGAUAUGUGCUAUAUGUGAUUUUCAAAUCAUUUAAACUAAUUUGAGCUUCUGAGUUAUCACUGUAUGUUACCAGAAGGUGAAGCUCCACAACAGGGGUGUGAAAGACAGAAAAUAACUCUUAGAAUCUGUUAUUGUAUAAUUUAAGUGAACUGGAAAGUAGUUUAAAAGUUUUACAACUGUACUUCAUUAAUCUCGUGUUGUAUUUUUUUAUGGGGGGCACACACUUUUCUACUCUGAAAUAGUCAAGACUUGAGUUAUAAUAGGACAGGAGUUGUAACACUAUAUAUGUAUAUCUGUAUAUAUCUGUUACAAUAUCAUAAACAUCUAUAAAUGGGUUGAACAUCAUUAAAGCAAUUGCAUUUAUAAGAUAAGAUGAUGAAACAACAUUUCCAUGAUUUGUUGUUACUAACAAAUCUAAAUGUCGUAAUUUAUUGAUUUCAUAGAACUACCAUAUAACAAUAUAUUCACUUUCAUGAAUAGCUAGACGAUAAAUGCAGAAAGCAGCAUAUGCAGUAUUUAAUGGUAAUGUCAUAUUUGCAUUAAUCUGUAAAUCAUUUUAGACUGAACAUGUCUUUUCUCAUAACUUAAUUCAAAAGAAUUGCUAUAAAUACUGAUUGGACAGAUGUAAACAUUGUUGUGCCACUCCCAAGGUCAAGAAUGCUCACUUAAGAUUGAAGCACCAAGGUGGUGUUAAAGAGACCUGAAAUCAAAUGUCUCAUUCUUACCUUUUAUUUAGAUAAAGGUUGCUGUAACAUAAUUUUUGUAAGAGCUGGUGUGCAAAAGUUGUGAAUAAAAUUGUGCCUUAAAAAAAUGAA